CUUUGACGUGCAGUAUGGUUUAUUUAAGCAAAUUGCUGACCAUUUGCUCUACCCCAAUCCUGGUUCGGGAAUGAUACAUGAGCAACAUCUCCAGUUUUUCCAUUUCCUCGAAGUUCUUUUGGCAAAGGUCAUGUUUGAAGGAAUUCUUGUUGAUAUACUUUUUGCAACAUUCUUCUUGAGCAAGUUAAAACAGAACUUUCAAUAUCAGGUUCACUGGACAGCUUGGAUGUUGAUGACCUACGGACACAUACUACUUAUUCAAGUGGUUAUCAUAGGGAGCAUUAUGUCAUUGAGAUGUUUUGGGAAGUUAUCAAAAGUUUCUCAGUGGAAAACCAAAAGAAAUUUCUGAAGUUUGUAACUGGUUACUCUCGAGGACCACUUCGUAUCCUCAUUAUUCUUAAUUAUUUGUUUUGGUUUCCCUUAAGGGAUAAGUUGGUUCCUUCUAGAGCUUAAACUAAUUUAUCCUGCUAGCAAAAAUCAUGUGAAAAAGUAACUCAGUAUGAGACAAGGUACAUUUCUGACUAGUACUUUAUUGUGCAG